CUGAUGACUCUUUGGCAGCAGUUUGGAUGUGCAGUACGAGAUAGAAGCCUUCAAGGCACGGCAUUGCUAUUUGUGGAGAAGGAGUACUUUGAUGAUGAACGACAAGCUAAAGCAGCAAGGAAAAAGAUGCGGGAGACGAAUUGGAAGAGAAAGGGUGAUAGUUUACCUAUUGCAUCACUUUCAAAGCGGCAUGCCAUGAAUACACUGAAUUCUCGGGUGGCUGGUUCCCAUGCACAGCCGACUGCCAGUGUUGGUGAUCACAGUGAUGGGUCUGAUGGGUUUGAUGAGGAUACUCCUCCAAUGGAUAAGGGCCUGCAGGGAUUAAAGGAUUUAGUGAAGGGUGAUGUGGAAGUACCAAAAUAUACAGGAAGGCAACAAAAAUCAAGUCUUGAUAUGGCGAUGGAUUAUUUGAUUAAUGCGGAG